AUGUUAAGUGAAGUAAAAGGACCAGCAAGACGUGCUGUCCCAGACGAAGUUAAGCGAGAAUUAAUGCAGUGCAUUCGAAGUUUUUUGCAAAACGAGUCUGGUAUAUCUGAUCUCUGA